CCCCCCGCCGCCGCUGGGUUGAGGGCUCGGAGAAAGUGGAAGGUUGCUGAAGAACUGGAGAAAUGGCCACUACACAAUCUGUCUUCACAUUUGCUCUCUGCAUUUUAAUGAUAACUGAAUUAAUACUGGCUACAGAGAGCUAUUAUGAUAUCUUAGGAGUUCCAAAAAAUGCAUCUGACCGCCAGAUUAAGAAGGCAUUUCACAAGCUGGCUAUGAAAUAUCACCCAGACAAAAAUAAGAGUCCGGGAGCAGAAGCAAAAUUUAGAGAAAUUGCUGAAGCAUAUGAAACUUUGUCAGAUGAGAAUAAACGAAGAGAAUAUGAUCAGCUUGGCCGUCAUGGAGGAAGAGGAAGUAAUGGAAGCCCGUUCCAUCAGUCAUUUAAUUUCAACUUUGACGAUCUGUUCAAAGACUUUGACCUAUUUAGUCAAAACUCACGGUCGAAAAAGCACUUUGAAAAUCACUUCCGAAGUCAUCGGGAGGCUCAUAAUCGGCAAAGACGUUCUUUUCAAGAGUUUUCUUUUGGAGGUGGACUGUUUGAUGAUGUGUUUGAAAAUAUGGAAAAGAUGUUUUCAUUCAGUGACUUUGAAAAUGCACACAGACACGCGGUGCGAACUGAUGCCAGGUUUCAUGGAUCCAGCAAGCACUGCAGGACUGUCACUCAGAGACGAGGAAACAUGGUUACCACAUACACUGACUGUUCUGGACAAUAAUGUUUCCUUUCUUCUAAACUUUUAUUCUUUUCUCAACAUCUUCAUAACCUUUCUUGGUUUUGUGCUAACAUGGAAGAACUUCUCUGAACUGUGUUUUCUAAAAAACACUUAAGCUACUAUAAAGAAGUUGUAGAUGAAACUAAUUUUCAGAAUAGAAAUAGUAUGCUGUUGGGAAGUAAAUGUGUCAGCAACUGCGUAGAAUGGGAGAGAAAUAAUCUCAUGUGACAGAAAAAAUUAUACAUAUUUCAAUUUAGUAAAAAUUCCCCUAAAUUUGACCAUAAGAUAUAUUUUUUUCAAAAACGUAAUAUUAUUUUUUUUAUCAAGCCAGUUCAGGACUGAUUGAAUUACUGGUGUGUGGGUGUGUGGAUUGAAGCAGAGGAGGUACUUUAAU